AUGCAGAAAAUUUUGGCUGAGAAAAGGGCAGGCUAUUAUCAGCCCGUCGGACUCGCGAGGCUUGAACAGUUGGACGUCGAAAUGGCAAAUCUCAUAGCUGGUGACGGAAGGGAGGGCGGGGUGCAGAACAACCCUACCGCCAAUGUUCUGACGUUCACUUUAUCAUUUUCCAAUAUACCAAUUUUGUUCCCUUGUUUCAUUCCUUGGACAGUUGCAGCUUGUUCUAAUGGCUUAAAAUGGAUCAUAGUAGGGCUGAUGAUUAUGAUGCAGAAUUUGUUGAUCUCAGUGUGCUGGUAA